CAAAGUCAAGAGUAAAUAAGUGAAAAUAAUUUUCAUUUUAUAGGAUCAGACACAAUAAAUAUAAACAGAUUACUUGGCAGCCACCGUCAUGCGUCAGUUAUAUAAUACAUUUUUAAAUCAAACAUUACAAAAAUAAAGUAGAUACCAAGUUUUUAGUUGUGGCAUAGUUCCGUGAAAGUUUCUUUUUUAUGUUAAUUGAAUUGCGGGAAAAUUAUCGGAAAAAUAUUAUCCUGGAUGGGAAAUUAUUAUCAAUAAUAAAAUCCGCGAAUUGAAAACUGACGAAAAAUUUAUGGAAACAGUGGUGUUAUAAUUCACAGGAGAAAAAACGGUGUUUAGUCUAUGCCCCGAGUUUCCAGAGUUUCUACAUUAUAAAUCGGUUUUUGGUCACCUUGAAAACAGGAAGAUGUCAACAAAGAAGGUACGAAUCCAUUUGGAACUUGGUGAAGAAAACAGCUUAGAGGUAGUUAAAUUAACAACAAUUAGAUUAUUAUCAGAUGAUAUCACUUAUUUGUUUCCAAAAAAUUUACAAAAUUUAAAACAUCAUAAAGAUUUAUUUGACACAAGUAGUACUGUCAAAAUGGCAAGUAAAGCUUUGACAAAAGUAGGUCAGUAUAGGAACAUCACGAUUACAUUAAAUCCUGAGAUUGUUACUUUGUAUUUAGAUGAAGAUUGUAAUUUAGUUUUUAAGAAUUGUUAUUUAGAGGAAUUAGUAGAAAAUAGCACGCUGAUAAAUACUCCGGUUUCAUUAGAAAAAACAGAUAAAACUAAAGUAGAUUUAAUUAGACUAAUUGAUAAAUUAAGCCCUAAACUCGAGACAAAAGUAAACAGGGGGCUGGAUAUCUCCCAAAUUCAAAGUCAGUUUGUUUUAAAUAAAUUUCAAGGCAAAGAAAAUGCUAGACAGUGGAUGAGUAAUUUUGAAAAUGAGUGCGAAAGACAUGAAAUAGUAAUAGAUGAAGCUAAAAUACAAAUAUUACGUCUAUUUCUGGAACAUAAUGCUAUAGAAUGGUACACCUCAACUUUAUGUACAUUAACAAUGCAUGGAGCAUGGUCGGAAUGGCAAAAUUCUUUUUUAGAAACUACGGCGAUAAAAGUUGGCGAACAGUAUAUCUAGCAUAUACCUAUAAGUAUAUAAACGGUUCUUUUCUAGACUAUGCGCUUAAAAAAGAAAGGAUGUUGUUAGAGACUGAGCCAUCUAUGUCAGAUCAAUCGCGCAUAAAUCACAUUGUGGUGGGUCUGCCAUUGAAUAUUCAAGAUCGCUUGGACAAAGAGACCAAUAAUACUACUGAACAGCUUAUGAAUCAGCUACGUAGAUAUACAUCAAUAUUUCCUAGAUUAAAAAAAAGUGAAGGAAGGUUUUUAAGUUCUACGAAUAAGACUGAUCGUUUGAAUGAAAAUAGAAAUCAGAAAUCGAUAGAAAAGCUCCCAUGUAGUUAUUGUGAGGCUUGUGGGUACACGGGACGUUUUCAUCCAAUUGACUAUUGCAGAUACAAAAUACGUAGCACUGAUGCGAGAAGGGUAAACCUUACGGAUGUUAGUGAAGUUGCUGUUAGAGCUCAAGAGGAAGAACAACAAAAAAACUAGAUUAUACACCACUAAUUAAAUUAACUGUUACAAUCAACAAUAAUAAAGUUACUGGAAUUUAUGACAGUGGAUCUAAUAUAACACUGAUAAAUUCAAAGAUUAUUGAAGAUGUUAAACAUAAUAUGUUGGAAAAUGAACAGACAUUUAGAACAAUUAGUGGUGCGGGAAAAAGUUAUAAUAAAAUAAAGUUGCCUAUGAAAAUCCAUAAAAUAGAACAAGAAAUAGAUGCUUAUGUGAUUAAAAAUGAUAAUUUUUCUUAUGACGUAUUGCUAGGAUUAGAUGCUAUUAAACAGUUUCGUUUGCUGCAAGACGAAAACUUGAAUAUUCUCCAAAGAGUGGAUGAAAACAAGAUAGAAAAUAUAAAGACAUUAAAGGAAAAUUUAAGAUAUAGUUAUGAUAAUAAAACCGAUACUUUGGAAAACAAUAAAAUUCAGGUAAGGUAUUUUGAAGAAAACUCAUACGACUAUUUAGAUAAAAUAAAACAUCUAGACAACAUUAAAAUAAAACAAAUUUCUAAAAUAUUAGAUGAAAACUUAUCGAUAUUUGCAAAACACAAGUACGAUGUAGGAGAAGUAAAAAAUCAGGAAGCUCACAUUAAACUCUUAGAAAAUAAAUAUAUUUCAAAGAAACCUUAUAGAUGUUCCAUUCCUGAUGAACGUGAAAUUGAAAAUCAGAUAACCAAGCUACUUGAAGCAGGACUGAUAGAGGAAUCUGAAUCUCCUUUUGCUGCACCAGUGACCUUGGCAUAUAAGAAAGACGAAGGAAGACGAACGAGACUCUGUGUUGAUUUUCGUGAACUGAAUAAAAUUUUGGUACCUACCGGAAUCACAACCAUUCCCACGAAUCGAAGACAUUAUAGUAAAGGCUCGAAACUGCAAAUGGUAUACAGUUUUGGAUAUUAAUUCAGCUUUUUGGACAAUACCAGUAAGGCAAAAAGAUCGCUAUAAGACAGCAUUUGUUACACAGUCCGGACAUUAUCAAUGGAAGAAAUUACCUUUUGGUUUAAAAAUAUCUCCAGCGAUUUUUCAACGAAUACUAGCCACUACUAUUCGACGUUACGGACUUCAGGGCUUUUGCAUAAAUUAUAUUGAUGAUAUUCUAAUAUUUUCUUCUGAUUUCGAAGAACACAUACAUCAUAUAGAACAAUUACUUCAUGCACUUAGACAAGAAGGGUUCCUGCUGAAACUAUCAAAAUGUAAAUUCGCUCAAUUCUCUGUGAAGUAUUUAGGCCAUGUUCUCUCUUACAAUUCUGUUAGACCACAUCAUGAUAACUUAAAAUCUAUUAAGCACUUUCCAAGACCUCAAAAUAAGAAAAAUAUUCGCCAGUUCCUAUUGCCAGAUCAUACUAGGUUUCUUGAGCCCAUUCAUAAUCUUCUACGUAAUAAAACAGAGUUUAAAUGGACAGAUGAAUGCGAGGCAACAUUUAUUCGAAUCAAAGAAUAUCUCUGCCAGAGUCCCAUCUUGUCAAUUUUUGACCAAGAGAAAAGAACUUUUUUAUUUACAGAUGCUAGUGCUUUAGGAGUUGGUGCAGUUUUGAAACAGUUAUAAGACAAUGGUGAGUUGCACCCAGUAGCAUAUUUUUCAAAGAAAUUCACGCCAUCACAAGCAAAGAAAAAAGCGGUCUACUUGGAGUGUCUCGCAAUAAGAGAAGCGCUACGUUAUUGGCAGCAUUGGUUAAUAGGGCUAAAGUUUCAGGUAAUCACAGAUCAUAAACCAUUAGAAAAUCUUAAAAUAAAAGCACGAACCGAUGAAGAACUUGGAGACCUAGUGUACUACCUGUCUCAAUAUGAUUUUACCAUUACAUAUUCUCCAGGCAAACCGAACCAAGAAGCUGAUGCUCUUUCGAGAAACCCUGUUUUGGAAUCUUUUGAGAAUACUGAUGAUAUACUACAAGUGGUUAAUUUGACAACCAUCGAAGACCUAAAAAAGAUCAACAAAAUAAUAGCACUGAGCUAUCUUCAGACAAACGUACAGUUAAAAAAGGCGAACUUCUUUAUAAAAAACUAAGAAACAAAGAACGCAUCUUUAUAUCUAAGAACUUUGGCUUACAGUUGGUAAAAAAAAUUCAUUCUCACUAUGGCCACAUUGGAACUGGUCAUAUGAUAGCAAAUAUACGACCUUUUUAUUAUUUUAAAUAUAUGGAUGCAGUUAUAGCAGAAUUUUGUAACCAAUGUGAUAUUUGCAAGAAAAACAAGUCAAGAAGAAGCCGAGAUAUUGGUCGUUUAUCACAGUUAGGGCCAGCCAAGGAACCAUAUGAAAUCAUGUCACUUGACACUAUUGCAGGCAACCAUUCACCUAAACGUUAUCUUCAUCUUCUGGUAGAUCAUUUUAGUAGGUUUGCUUAUACAUGCCCUUCUAAAGGCCAACAAGCUAAAGAUCUAAUCAGGUUCUUACGUCCUAUUUUUGAGAAGAAUAAGGUGAAUGUUCUCCUGGCUGAUCGUUAUGCAGCGAUUAAUUCAAAUGAGUUCAAAUCCUUCAUACGAAACUGUGGCAUAACUUUAAUUUUUACGGCUGUUGACUGUCCUUUUUCAAACGGAUUAAAUGAGCGUCUCAACCAAACACUGGUAAAUCGUAUCCGCUGCAAGGUUAACGAGAAACCACGACAUCCAUGGUCCAAUAUCGCAAUUGAAUGUACAGAAGAAUACAACCGGACAACACACAGCGUAACAAAAUUCUCUCCACUUUAUUUACUCAUGGGUGAACAAUCUUCAAUUUUGCCCUCAGAUCUUAAUCAGCCCCAAGAUUUGGCUCAGAACAGAACUCUGGCAUUCCAAAAUUCACAAAGAGCUCACAAUAACAAUAAAAUUAGAGUUGACCAGAAGAAGCAAGACUAUGAAUUUAAAGUCGGAGACUUAGUCUAUGUCGAAAUGGGUAACCGUCUUAACAGAAACAAACUUGAUCCGAUAAGAAAGGGGCCAUUCAAAAUUUUAAACAGGUUUUCGUCAUCAAUUUAUGAAAUAAAUGGAGGUUAUCGUCGAAAUUAGAAAAAUUUUUAUCCAUAGCAGUAAGCUCUUGCGGGAGAUGUAAUAAUGAAAACCUGGUAUGUAAAAGUCUAAACGGAUAUUUAUAAAAAAAUAGAAGAAUAAUAAAUAUUCUGACACAAAAUUGACAUAAAUCUUGUUCCGUCAAUUUUAAAAUCCAAUUUAAUAUUUUCUUACAUAUCUGUUAAUUUUUUUUCAUUUAAACUUGUUAAUGUAUUAUUUGUUAUUGUUAAUUUAAAGAUUAGAAUAUUAAAGACUUAUAAAACCGAUUUUCUUUAA